AUGAUUGUACCCAAGAUGUCACGACUACGGCCUGGUGUGAGCGUAAACAUAGUACUGAAAGCCGAUCAGCGCUCCGGCAGACUCACAAGCGGAUCAAUAUCCGAGAUAUUGACCAGGGGUGACCAUCCUAGGGGGAUCAAGGUCCGCCUUACCAAUGGUCAGGUCGGUCGAGUGCAAUCCCUUUCAGCGCCCUCUCAACUUUCCGCUAGUUCUGAUAUCUCUCUUCAUCCAUUAUCAACCAGUGUCAGCCCCGAGACCUACAAUGGUGAACGUGGGCCGUCUAAGUCUCAUUCAACAGGAGGAGGCUCUAGCAGACGAGGAGGGAAAGCACUACAGGAUGAUUAUAGGCAAGAUCCAACUCCGCUCGAGUCACGAAGUCUUGCAGACUACAUACGACUCCCGUCCUCGCCAGAACCUGCCUCUGCGCCUAGUAUCACAGUCGAGGAACCAUCACUCCAGACACAAAUGGAAUCGGAAUAUCCCAAGCUUGACUCUGCUUUAAUUGCGGCCAUCGUGGCGGACUAUCCUGAUCCUGCCGAAGCAAAAAACGUGCUUUCAGCGCUUUCAUGA